AUGAACCAUGAUUCGAUCCCUUCCGAGGCUGAUACAUCACUCAACCCUUCCGUCUCAACUCUCCUCCAUCCUUCUCUGACAUCAGUUGCCGAAGACGCGUCGACCCUAGCUGCCCACCAGGACCCGCACCUAGUUCCAACCCAUCGACAAGGCCAAGUUAGCAUUGACGAUGACUCGCUCCACGGUCUACAAUGUGCCGUUGAAGAGCUCGAAUACACCCGACAAGCUCAUCAGUCUCAUCAUCAAUACCAUCAUCAACAACCACAUCUUCAAUCUCUCGUAAAACGACCCGACCAACAUGUCGACAUCCGCACCAUUCUUGAUCCUCCGAACCUUGAUGCAUGGCGAGAACGGCUUUUUAAUGUCGAUGAGAUGAUAACCCUAAGUGAGGAGCAAUUCCUUACAUACUUCCCACACAUCGACAACGUCUACUCCCACCGGUCAACUCAACACUACAAACGCAAACCGCUGAUUUCCCACUACUGGGACUGUCGCCUGAAAGGUCGACCUCCAGGGACACCGAAAUCCAAUGAUCCCAACAAAAAGAAACGUAAGCGUACUGCCCGCCAGCGGGAUCUCUGUGAUGUAAAGAUCAAGAUCACAGAGUACUUCCCGGGCCACGAUGUUAUGGGGUCAGAUCUAGGUGUCCUUGAUGGACUUGGGGUCCCCGGCCCAGUACUCCAGGAGUCUGCUGUCAGAGAGGAACAACAGGCUCAAGGCCAGCAGUUUGGGUUGUUAACGCCGAGCCUGAACCCACCUCUACCAGAGGGCCAUCCAGGGGUCAACGGCCAGAGGUAUUUUACUAUCCAGCGAGUAAAUGGGAACGGUGCGAACGGGAAGAACGACGGUGUGAGUGGGGGUCAUCGUCAUACGCUGGAGGAUAGUGACCGCGUGAAGAAGAAUAGUGUGCAGCGGUUCUUAUUGCAGGAGGUGAAGAAGGAGAAGAGGUCACUAAAUACUAGAGUAAUGGCUACCCAAAAUCAAAUUCAGAAACAGUACCAUACCAAAGCCACCGGCCUGGCUGCCCAGACGGUCGCGCACCGUUCACAAGACAAUGAACUGAAAUUGUAUGGAAGUUGCUUUUGCCCUUUCGUGCAGCGCGUAUGGGUUGCCCUUGAGAUCAAGGGAAUCCCCUACCAGUAUAUUGAAGUUGACCCUUAUAAGAAGCCCCAGUCAUUGCUGGACGUGAACCCCAGGGGACUUGUUCCAGCCUUGCGGCACGGGGAUUGGGGCUCAUACGAGAGCUCCGUAUUGCUGGAAUACUUGGAGGACCUGAAUGUUGGGACACCGUUGCUCCCACCCGGAGACGCCAAGCUGAGGGCGCAUUGCCGACUAUGGACAGAUUUUAUCAACCGCCACAUCGUCCCAAACUUCUACCGUGUUCUUCAAGAGCAAGACACCCAGAAGCAAAUAGCCAAUGCACAGGAGCUCCGAGAUGCAUUCAACACAUUGGUCGGCGCCGCAGAUGCGCAGGGCCCGUUCUUUCUGGGCGCUCAGAUCUCGUUCGUCGAUGUCCAGGUCGCCCCUUGGAUUAUCCGCUUGCGCCGUGCCUUGAAGCCUUAUCGCGGGUGGCCAGACCCGGAGCCUGGCAGUCGCUGGGGAGCCUGGGUCGACGCUAUUGAGAACAAUGAGCACGUUCAGGCAACCACGAGCACCGAUGAGCUCUAUCUGGAUAGUUAUGAGCGAUACGCUCAAAACCGUCCAAACACGUCCCAGGUUGCCAAUGCGAUCAACUCCGGAAGGGGCCUUCCCUAG